UUGGUCUUACGCAGCCGUAUAUUUGGGCAGUGUUCUGGAUCCGAUGUGUUUCGGGAUGACACACAUAUUUUUUUUUUUUUCUCUCUAUCCACUAAUAUUGACUGACGAGCGCGUGCGUGCGCGCUCGCGUCUAUAAUGAAUUCGACAGAAAAAUUCGGUUUCGUAAUUAUUAUUUUUUUUUUUUUUCAAAGUGAAUAAUGAAAAAGAUGUACGAGACAAUUGAAUGAGAACACACGAAAAAAAAAAAUCGCUCGGGAAGAAUUAAACAAAAACCGCCGUUCCAAUAAGAAAAUCGGCACAAGCCGAAAUUCUGUCAGUAUGUGCUGCAAUAUUGGCUGAGACGCACAGCGAUUUUCGAAUUAUUCGAUUUCAAGUGCUCACAAAGUUGCAAUGGCCGGUUCAGUGAGACAAAUUUUCAUUCUACUGACGAUUACAUUCUGCGUUAUGGGCCAGAAUUAUCAGUAUAUUCCAAGUGGUACAUAUAUCCCAAAUAAUAAUAUUUUUAAUGGAUGUGACUUUUACGAAUCGAUUGAGCUGGGACGAGUCUAUGACGUUUUCUCGCCAUAUUUCCCCGAAAAAUAUCCACCCGGAACGAAUUGCCGAUGGUCGGGAUGCGCACCAUAUGGUACAAAUAUCGUGAUUAAAUGUACCGAAAUGAAAAUACCAACGUAUGGAACGUGUGACGAGCGCACUGAUAGACUUGAGGUUUCUUAUCAAGGUUGUCAAGAAUUGAACGAUGCCAUGCGAUAUUGCACGCAACCUUUUGUCAUGGAAACAAGAUCAAAUGCUCUGGUUAUGGCACUUCGAACUUUUCCAAAUUCGACUGGUGGGAGCUUCUUCUGCCAAAUCUAUGCACAAAAGAGCGCAUUACCCGCUGCUCAACCAAUGUCACCAAAUCAAUAUAUCCAAGGGCCAUCAUUUCCCAUUCGCGGUAACUAUGUGCCAGCUGUAUCACAGCAACAAAACUAUCCACCAACGUACCAGACCAGUUAUGAUCAACAAAAUGUGCGAUAUGAACAAGGUUUUCAGCCAUCGUACUACAGAGGAAGAUUUCAAGAGCAAGGGCGACCUGCUUACCAACCCUCCUAUCAACCGGCCUAUCAAAAUCAAAUUUACCGACCAGUCUAUCGGCCUGCUUAUCAGGUUCAACCAAAUUAUCAGUCUCAACCAAACUAUCAACCCGCGUACAAUGGCUAUCAAAGUGGGUAUCAGAGUGGUUAUCAGACCGCAUAUCAAACAGGUUACCAGCAAAACAUCUAUCCAGUUGGGCAACAAAAGCAAGUUUACCCUACAUACACGCCCACUCAACAGGUGUAUCAGCCGAUGGGGCCCCAAGACCAAGGUCAAUGCCCAUGUGGUCUACGAAAAAGGCCUCGCAUUUUGAACGGUGAAAGUAUUGAUAUUGAACAAAUGCCGUUCGCUUGUGGAUUGAUCGAUUUGAAUACAAAAACCGUUUUUUGCGAUUGUACAAUCAUCAGUCCAAAUUUUAUUGUAACGGUUGCACAUUGUCUACAUAAUCGCACAAUAAACACAGUUGGAGUCAUUGUUGGCACAACAGAUACCUCCCGACCAACUGAAUCACGGUAUGCGGCAACGUAUCGUCUAUUUGGUUCAGUUGUGCAUCCAGAUUAUGACACUCUGUCGAUGCUCAAUGAUAUUGCCAUUGCCAAAACGGGUCCCAUUCAAUUUAAUCCAGCUGUGGCGCCAGUAUGCUUGCCAAUCAGCGAGAGAUUAUCCGAACAGAAUUACGCUUUUUCGCCGGUUGAAGUGGCCGGUUGGGGUGAAGUAAGGAACACUGGUCCAUCAUCGUCACGUUUGCAAGCAGUCACAUUGAAUGUUAUAACAAAUGAACAGUGCAACGAUAACUAUCCAUAUCGAAUAACUGCCUCACAAAUGUGCCUUCUCACACCACAAAAAGAUACCUGCAAUGGUGAUGAUGGAGCUGGAUUGUGUCAUGUUGAUACGGUUACGGGUCGUUUGGUGCUUGUCGGAAUGCCAAGCUAUGGAGUGGGCUGUGGUACGCGUCAACCGCGAGUUGCCGUCCGAAUUUCAUCGUACAUCCCAUGGAUACUGCGAACAACGAAUGAACCAUUCUGCGUAAUUUAAUUGUAUUUACUUAGUGCUUAAGAAAAACCACCGCUUUUUUUUCAUUUUUAAACUGGAGGUUGAAUCAACUUUGCCCAACGAAGGUUAGCAAAACCGAAGGAAGUUUUCAAUUGAUUUAACAUAACAGAUAUAACUGCCAACAUAUUAAAAAGUGGCCGAUCGAAACAAAAUUAUUCUACGAAAAAAAAAUUAGGUUUUUUCAUGUUUAUUUUGAUUUUUAGAAUUAUAAUAAUUUUUGAUUAGAAACUCAAAAACAAUAAAAUUACAUGUUGUUUAUUUUUUUUUUGUCAAUGAUAACAAAA